AUGACAGCUUGGACUGCCGCUAUGACAGCUUGGACUGCCGCUAUGACAGCUUGGACUGCCGCUAUGACAGCUUGGACUGCCGCUAUGACAGCUUGGACUGCCGCUAUGACAGCUUGGACUGCCGCUAUGACAGCUUGGACUGCCGCUAUGACAGCUUGGACUGCCGCUAUGACAGCUUGGACUGCCGCUAUGACAGCUUGGACUGCCGCUAUGACAGCUUGGACUGCCGCUAUGACAGCUUGGACUGCCGCUAUGACAGCUUGGACUGCCGAUAUGGCAGCUUGGACUGCCGCAAUGACAGCUUGGACUGCCGCUAUGGCAGCUUGGACUGCCGCUAUGGCAGCUUGGACUGCCGCUAUGACAGCUUGGACUGCCGCUAUGACAGCUUGGACUGCCGCUAUGACAGCUUGGACUGCCGCUAUGACAGCUUGGACUGCCGCUAUGACAGCUUGGACUGCCGCUAUGACAGCUUGGACUGCCGCUAUGACAGCUUGGACUGCCGCUAUGACAGCUUGGACUGCCGCUAUGACAGCUUGGACUGCCGCUAUGACAGCUUGGACUGCCGCUAUGACAGCUUGGACUGCCGAUAUGGCAGCUUGGACUGCCGCAAUGACAGCUUGGACUGCCGCUAUGGCAGCUUGGACUGCCGCUAUGGCAGCUUGGACUGCCGCUAUGACAGCUUGGACUGCCGCUAUGACAGCUUGGACUGCCGCUAUGACAGCUUGGACUGCCGCUAUGACAGCUUGGACUGCCGCUAUGACAGCUUGGACUGCCGCUAUGACAGCUUGGACUGCCGCUAUGACAGCUUGGACUGCCGAUAUGGCAGCUUGGACUGCUGCAAUGACAGCUUGGACUGCCGCUAUGGCAGCUUGGACUGCCGCUAUGGCAGCUUGGACUGCCGCUAUGACAGCUUGGACUGCCGCUAUGACAGCUUGGACUGCCGCUAUGACAGCUUGGACUGCCGCUAUGACAGCUUGGACUGCCGCUAUGACAGCUUGGACUGCCGCUAUGACAGCUUGGACUGCCGCUAUGACAGCUUGGACUGCCGCUAUGACAGCUUGGACUGCCGCUAUGACAGCUUGGACUGCCGCUAUGACAGCUUGGACUGCCGCUAUGACAGCUUGGACUGCCGCUAUGACAGCUUGGACUGCCGCUAUGACAGCUUGGACUGCCGCUAUGACAGCUUGGACUGCCGCUAUGCCAGCUUGGACUGCCGCUAUGACAGCUUGGACUGCCGCUAUGACAGCUUGGACUGCCGCUAUGGCAGCUUGGACUGCCGCUAUGACAGCUUGGACUGCCGCUAUGACAGCUUGGACUGCCGCUAUGGCAGCUUGGACUGCCGCUAUGGCAGCUUGGACUGCCGCUAUGGCAGCUUGGACUGCCGCUAUGGCAGCUUGGACUGCCGCUAUGGCAGCUUGGACUGCCGCUAUGGCAGCUUGGACUGCCGCUAUGGCAGCUUGGACUGCCGCUAUGGCAGCUUGGACUGCCGCUAUGGCAGCUUGGACUGCCGCUAUGGCAGCUUCGACUGCCGCUAUGACAGCUUGGACUGCCGCUAUGGCAGCUUGGACUGCCGCUAUGGCAGCUUGGACUGCCGCUAUGGCAGCUUGGACUGCCGCUAUGGCAGCUUGGACUGCCGCUAUGGCAGCUUGGACUGCCGCUAUGACAGCUUGGACUGCCGCUAUGGCAGCUUGGACUGCCGCUAUGGCAGCUUGGACUGCCGCUAUGGCAGCUUGGACUGCCGCUAUGGCUGCUUGGACUGCCGCUAUGGCAGCUUGGACUGCCGCUAUGGCAGCUUGGACUGCCGCUAUGGCAGCUUGGACUGCCGCUAUGGCAGCUUGGACUGCCGCUAUGGCAGCUUGGACUGCCGCUAUGACAGCUUGGACUGCCGCUAUGGCAGCUUGGACUGCUGGCAGCUUGGACUGCCGCUAUGGCAGCUUGGACUGCCGCUAUGGCAGCUUGGACUGCCGCUAUGACAGCUUGGACUGCCGCUAUGGCAGCUUGGACUGCCGCUAUGGCAGCUUGGACUGCCGCUAUGGCAGCUUGGACUGCCGCUAUGGCACGCUGGAGAUCGAGUACCAGAACUGGCUGGACCCAGCAUCUGUCAACUCCACGCCAACCACCUAUGCGUGCCUGCUCACCAACGGCUGCUCUGGCACCACCUACACAGGCCCCAACACCACGCAGUGUGCUGUGGGAUACAAUAACACCGUGCCGUGA